AUGGCCAAUUAUCCCGGAGACAGCCCUCCGUUUGCUUCGUCAGAUGCUGAUGAAACACAUUACGCUUAUGGCGAAUUUGUGUGGGAGAUAGAUAUAGAUACUAGUGCUACCGAGACCGAAUGGGAUCCAUUCUGGCUCGAAAAAGCUUCAUUGCAGUCUGAUCUGCCACACAGUACUUACAAUCUCAGUGGAGAUAGCGUACAAAGCCAGCCAGAUACUAAAUCCAGUGAAGGAUCCGACAAUAGGUUUAUCUCUGAUACAAACGAUUUGAACUCGUCAUCUUUACUACCUUGGGAAAGUCUGGAUGGCACAAUGCCCUUGCCAGAUUGGAAUAAUCUGAACGAAACAUUACCCGUACCGCAUUGGGACAAUAUGGGCGAAAGUGUUAUCCAUCCACUCCCAUCACUCGAUUCUUCCAUCGACCUGAAUCAUCAAACUGCCCAUCUCGAAUUCCUCAACAAUGAUACUCACAGGGAUUCAUUCCAAGCGACAUCCGAUUACACGGAGAACCAAGCUUAUGAAACCUAUCCCCUCAUCUUCGAUACCCAGUCCCCAAUACUACACAACUCCAACUGGGACCCAAUGCAUUCCCCACUGUACAUGAGUCCACCAACCGGAAACCAUCUACCUUCUAUAUCUCACACUACGCAAUCGCCUACUAUUAGCACCACCAACUCAAUAUAUUUGCCCACGCAAUCUCCUAUUACCAUCACCAAUACCUGCAACUCAAUAUCUCAAUCUACUUCCACUUCUACUUCCACAUCCACAUCCACAUCAACCACACCCUCAAGUGAUCGAUGCAUAUCCAACACACCACCAAGUGUUCAAGACGAAUACACUUUAAACACACCCCCCUCCACACCCUCCCCCACACCUGUCCCCUCUGUCCCCACCGUACCGCGCGCAAACGAGACAUGA